AGAGGAUGAGCUUAGAUGUGGGUGGUUCGGAAGCGGCGGCCUUACGUUUGUCGCGGCGUUGCCCUGUCUCUUUUGUGAACGUGAUCGAUUUUGCUUCGGGGAGAGAUGCUGGCUCUUAAACAAGUGCAUGAUGGGUAAAGACUGCUCUUCUUGCAGACACAGCAGCAAAGCUGCUGCUGCUGCUUUCUGACGUCAGUUACUGCUCACAGGCAUUACUGCUCACACACACAGGAGCUUAGAAAAAAGCCUGUUGCUUGAGCCGCCCGCGGCCACUUGGGGUGCUGUUGAGUAAGCUGAUAGACCUCAUUGCAGGGGCUACUGCACCUUGUCCCGGCAGCAACAUGAGCGGCUCCGCGGCGUGCCCGAUGCUGUUCCUUCUCUUCCUGGCUCCUUUGGGUUCCUCGGAUGCUACCUCCUUCGCUGUUCCAACAACACAAAAUAUCAGCACGAAAACUUCAUACAAUGCAAGUUCAGGAACUGAUCUAUCCACCAAAGUGCCACCCAUCACUACUCAACAGAGUGAACAGAAAACAUCUACCUUAAUAUUCAAGAAGGAAAAUCUAACUAUAAGCGGACAGCCCAUUGCUAAAAUGGAGAAAAAUGUCCUAAUAAGCAGACCGACUGAACUUGAACUGUUGUGUAGCCUGACUCGUAACCCUUCCAUGAAUAUGGAAAAAAUGGAUGUUGUUUGGAAGAUGAAUAACAAAACCAUCGAUGAACAGAACAUCACCAAGAAUGACUCCAAAAAUAGUUGGUGCACUUGGAAUACGGUAAAAAUCAGAAACCAAAACGAAAUGGGGAAUUAUACCUGUGUUUUUAAAACUGGAGAAGAGAUAUAUGCUUAUGGAAGCUUUUUUUUUAAAGUGCCCGGAAUGAAAGGAAAAUCCGCAGGAGAAAAAUCCAAGCAAAUAGUCAGUUAUAUAGGUGACGUUGUGGCCUUGACAUGUGAAAUAGGCAAUUAUACUUCAGUUUCUUGGAGCUGGUAUAAACAUAAUGGAAGUGAACAGGUUGCUAUCAAUGAAACUCUGAUGCCAGAGAAGUACAGAAUCAGCCAGGAGUAUUACAACAAAACAAAACUGAUGGUCCAUAAUCUUUCUGAGAAGGACAGUGGUGAUUACGAGUGCCGCGUUGUAUUUGAACUAGGGGAAAGUAAAGGGCACGUAUCCCUUAAAGUUCUGUCUUAUUUGGUACCACUCAAACCAUUUCUUGGAAUUGCUGCCGAAGUGAUUGUUUUAGUAGUUGCAAUUUUCCUCUAUGAAUUCUUCACCAAAAAGAAAGAAGCUCAGGACGAAGUUGAAAAAGAAUUUGAACAAGUAGAACAACUGAAAUCAGAAGACAGCAAUGGUGUGGAAAAUAGUACUACCAGACAAAGGAAAGUUUAAGUCCUUUCUGGAAAGCUGGGAAGACAAAGGAAAGAGGUGGCUAUGUGUCUCACCAAAAAAACUCCAGGAAGAUGUAAAUCCUGAAACCGUAGCUACUUGGCUUCUGAUUAUAGCCUUUUAGAUGUAUUAAGAAACAUAAUAAUACUGCUUAAAAGAUGCCUUUUUAAUUAAGAUGAUGCUGAUGUCGCACACCUCAACACAGAAGUACUGUCUGAACACAUCUGUUUGCUACCCUUUGUUGUUCUCUCUGUUACAUCAAAUUGGGCCUUUUGGCUACAGUUAGCAAUACACUGGCCUUAAUGUUCAGCCAUUAGUCGAAUGUAUAUGACAUUGUGGGUUCUCGCACAUUGUGGUCCAGCACAUGAGGCCCCAUUCCAAAAGCUCCCAUUGCUUCUGUUGCAUCAGGAAAGUAGUGCUGCAUCAGAAUACAUCCAUGAUUCACAACCAAAAAUACCCCAGUGGAUUUUAAAUACAGUAAGCUGCCUUCUGCUGAGUCAGAUAAUUAGGUCAUCUCAGGAAGGCGUGCAAAAACAGACCUGCUGUACACAUGUACAGCAUCCUGAGAGCACACCUGGAAGUCCUGCCCUGCUGAUGGUACACCAAGAAGCAUCGUCUUCUCCAUGCUUUCCACACUGACAUCAUUUAUCUGAGGAGGCUAACUCCAUAAGCAUGAUGGCAGCUGUUUCCUGGUCAGAAGAUUAUUUGGGUCCCUGAAAUGGCCACCACCAUGUUAUGGAGUUCACCUUUUCAAAUGCCAUAAAUGGGAAGAUAACAGCAGAGUAAGGCUUCUCAGCACAUCAUCACUGGACUGGGGCUUGCUGGUCCACUCUCGGGACACUGUAUGUGUGAGUGUUGUGCACACACCCCUUUUGCAUGUCUGAAGAGGGCUUAGCUCAGUAUUGUCAAUGCUGGCCAGCAGUAGCUCUCCAGGGCUGCAGGGAAGGGUCUCAGCCAGCCCAAACUGGGGUGCCAAGGAUUCAACCUGGGGCCUUCUGCAUACAAAGCAAAUGUCCUACUACUGAAUUACAGCCCAUCCCUAAGAAAUAGGUUUGCAAAUUCCCAUUGGCAAUGGGAAUUAUGAUAUAGUAUGCUAAUUCCUUCCUUCCUUCCUUCCUUCCUUCCUUCCUUCCUUCCUUCCUUCCUUCCUUCCAGUAAGAAUCGAUUGAUGCAAUGAAUGCUUAAUGGAUUGCAUUCAACCUCUGGGAAAUGUGCAAUCUAUGAGCUUCUUUUAAAAUCUCCUCUUUCCCAUUUUUUUUAAUACAUUGAGCCCUUUCUCAUGAUCGGUGAUGAAGGCCUUGAGGGUGCAAGGGGAGGAAGCCUUUAAAAGCUUACCUCCCCCACAGAUGAUCCCUGGUCUGGAUCUGGGCGUGGAGAUUGAGCAACCAAAUGCGCAGCUGCCACCUCUGGCAGUGCUGAGUGUCAGGGGCCACCCCGACCCCCAAAACUCCCAUAAUGCAUCGUGUGAGUACACGGUGUAUUAUGAGGAUUUAUCACGCACUGGCCUCCUGGCUGUUGCUGUGUUGGAGCCAUGUGGCACUGACACAGUCAUUUAGCCCAGGUUAAGGGUGCACUCACGCCCUUAACCCUGACUGAGUGGCAGGCCUCUUUGCUGGGUUGGCUACCACAUUGACCCUGGGAGUUGCACGGCUCCCGGCAGUUCUUAAGAUCCACCAAAACUGGCCUUUGCUUCCUUAGCCUGGUUUUGGCUGAUCUUAAGAACUACCUCAUUGUUUCAGGAUUUUUGUAGGACCUUCAGGCAGAAAAGCAACCUAUAAAUAAAAAGAAAAAAGAAACAAAAAAUUUGCUAGCCCUCAAAAUUGGAAAGAUGACUGAAUGUUAGGAGAGUAAUUAUAAGGCUUGGAAAAUAGAAAGCAAAUAUGUCAUAUCUCAUAUUUUUCAGAUGUUAUGCAAUUUAAAUCCACAUGUAUAGUUUUUGAAUAUUUGCACAGAGCAAUACUAAGAUCUUUGGUGAUCUUUCUGGAAGAAUAGUCUUUUGAAAUGACUUUCAUUGCCAUCAUGUUAAUUAUGGAUGAACAGUUUGCUUUUAUGGAUCACUGUGGAAUAUAGGUUGUUUCCCCAAAGAGUUGAGGGGGAGAAACAUCUCAAAUUUCUGUAUAAAACUGCUCGUGCCAUCUCUCUCGCUCUCUCUCAUGUUAACAUAUCUCUUAUUCCUCUGAUCAUAGCUACAUAUUUCUGCAUCCUGAAAGUAAUCAUUUCAUAAUUUAUUGGUCAGCCACCUGUAUAGUUUACUGUUGGAUGUUCACAAAUUUAUUUUGUUGUUAAUUACUGCAAAAAGGAAAGAAAGAAACUUCAGAAAAUAAGGAACACACCGUCAAUCAUCUUUGAAAUUUUCUCUUUGAUUAAACAAACAUGAACACUUGUCACAAUCCAGCCACUGUUUAAGCACUUUUUAACACAACAGGAGAGUUAAGCAAGUCAGUUUCAUUGGGGGAGCUGAGACAAAUGGAGAGGACAGCAGGUUGAGGGACAGAUCAAUCAGAUCAGAUAAUGAUUUCUGGGGUGGGGGAAAGAAUAAUAUCCACAUAUUAUUGGAGUAGAAUUGCCCAUUUUACCCUUAUUUGCUUGCACAUAUUUCAUGCUCUCCCAGUGAGAAUCAGUGGACUUGAGAAUGUUUAACUUUGGCAGGAUUGCCAUUAAAACAUCUGUCGUUCAAAAAGUGAACAGAUAAAUAAUCCACAGCCUUCCAUCCCAACAUGUUCUCCACUGUUACUCGACUGUUCUAGACAUAGGGUGGGUUCAGGUGACCUGCCAAAAGUCAGUAAGCCAGAACCAGCGUUUUUCAGGGAGUGUGUACUCCUCUCCAGCAUGGCAUGUGAACCUGCCAGCCUCCAGAUCCCAUCUGGAGUUACUGACUUCUCCAACUUUGUCAAGCCAACUUCAGCCCUUGGUUGUAGAUCACAGGCUGGAGUUGGGGAGAAGUCAGUAAUUCCAGCAUGAACUGAAGGAUGUCAGGUUCACACGUCACACCAGAUAGGAGCACAGGCUCCCCAGGAAGCUCCAGUUUCUGGCUUACCAUCUUUCAAUGGUUUGUCUGAACCUGCCCUAUAGAAUUGCAAUGUUAUGUCCACCUACAGUACUUUCAGAUCCUGCAGAAUAAGAACUCUUUUUCAGGCAUUCUAAAAGUGCACCCAGGUAAAGAUGGGGAAUGUGGUGUCUUCCCUGUUCCCCAACACUGACAUGCUCCAUAGCCACACCCUCUGGUCUCCUUUUUGUUCAAUGCUUGUCUACAGACAAAUGCUGGAGACCAGGAGACCAAGGGCAUGAUUACAUUCUUCAGUCAAGUACUGAACACAAAGAGAGCACUAGCUACAGAGUCAAGUUGGUUCCAGAGGGUGUGGUUAGCAGAUGUGCCCCUGUUUCCCCUGCAAUUUGGGACAGCAUACCCAGAUUUUGAAUGUCUAAAGGGGAUUGAAGUCAAAGGAAAAGGUCUUCCCAUUCAGAACUGAGCAAAUAAAAUUCUAAUAAGCUAUCCCUUUCACUGGCAUAAAGGACCAAAGUGGAAAGCAUAUCUCAUCCUAUUUGAAUGUUUGAAUGUCUUAUGUACUACCUGUAUUAUAAAAUAUAAACAUCUGUUUUUGUGACAUUUAAGGAAAAAAUGUACCAUAAACUGUAAAGCCUUCAAGAUAUUUGAUGCCUUAAAACUCAUCUGAAAUGGAGGAUAUUAAACACCAGUUUGUGUUUUCUUUA